CUGGGGCAGCCAACUCUGUCUCUGGCUCGGCAGACACACAACACAAGCACGCACAGAAAGGGGCUCAGCAAGAGCGCAGAACAGAAUCUAAAGCCAUGCCAAACUAACAGCACCAACACAAGACGUCCGCCUGCAAAAAGACCGAGCAGAUCUGCAGCAGACGCCUCCGCGACAAUGUCCUUUCUGCAGUCCUGAGGAGAAAAUGAAGCGCAAAAGCGAGAGGAGGCGAUCCGAGUCGAGGAAAAAACGCUGUGCAGCUCAGAGCAGCUCAGAGGCGGAGCCAAACUCUGAUAUUUACAUUGAGAUAACAGAUCAACUUUAUUUUGCCAUACUCCAGCAAAAGAUCAAGAGCACAGCUGAUCGACACUGUUUCUGCAUAGAUGAAGAGCUGGCUUAUGAGAACUUUUACGCAGACUUUGGCCCCCUUAACCUGGCCAUGUUUUAUCGCUUCUGUUGCAAGCUGACAAAGAAGCUCAAGUCCAUCACAAUCUCAAGGAAGAGGAUCAUUUUUUAUACCUGUGGAGAUCAGAAAAAGCAAGCCAACGCUGCCUACCUAGUGGGCUCAUACGCAGUGAUGCAUCUAAAUAUGAUGCCAGAAGAGGCGUACGGUCUGUUGGUCUCGAGGAAUUCCACGUAUGUUCCGUUCAGAGAUGCCUCAUUUGGAACCUGCAUGUACAAUCUGGGCAUCCUAGACUGCCUUCGUGCUGUUCACAAAGCCGUGCAGUACAGCUGGCUGGACUUCUCAAAGUUUGACGUGGUAGAGUACGAGCACUACGAGCGAGCAGAAAAUGGAGACUUUAACUGGAUCACCCCAGGAAAGUUCCUCGCCUUCAGUGGGCCACAUCCAAAAAGCAAAAUAGAGAACGGGUACCCACUACAUGCUCCUGAGGCCUACAUCCCUUACUUCAGGAAGCACAACGUCUCCACCAUCAUCAGACUAAACAAAAAGAUGUAUGACGCUCGGCGUUUUACAGACUCUGGCUUUGAGCAUUACGACCUGUUCUUUGUGGACGGAAGCACCCCAAAUGACUCGAUUGUCAGAAAGUUCAUCAGCAUUUGCGAGAACGCUAAAGGAGCCAUAGCUGUCCACUGCAAGGCUGGCCUGGGGAGAACCGGCACGCUCAUCGCCUGCUAUCUGAUGAAACAUUACCGCCUGACUGCAGCAGAGGCUAUCGCGUGGAUCCGGAUCUGUCGGCCAGGGUCCAUCAUAGGGCCUCAGCAGAACUUUGUUGAAGAGAAGCAGAACAGCCUCUGGGCAGAUGGAGACGUUUUCCAGGAGAAGAUGCUAAAUGAACGAGAGAAUGGCAAGAUGGCCGUGGCCAGGAUCCUGUCUGGGGUGGACGACAUAACCAUCAAUGGCAACAACAAGAACAAGACAUCUAAGAAAGAAGAAAUAGAGCUGUACAACGAGGAAGAGGAGAGGAACAACCUCACACAGGGGGAUAAACUACGAGCCCUCAAGAGUAAGAGGCAGGCCAGGUCCUCUUCAGGUUCGCUGUCACGAGAAGAAAAUAAGAUCCACACCCGAUCGUCGUCACAGUGUCUCAGCAAGGUCAUAAUGCAGGCCGCUGUGCCGGGUUGUAAGGCCAGCGUGGGACCGCUGGCUCUGUCUGAGCACUCAGAGAGCAGGAAGAGGACCAGAACCUCGCUGCCAGCUAACGGAGUCGGAGGAAGCUCCCUGUGCCAGACCAGACUGGUCAGGUCUCUUGGCAACUUGCAUGUUGUGGCUGGCAGAAGUGACCCAAUGUGUUGUGAGCCAUGCAACGGCCGUAGAGACACAGCCCCCCUCAUCAGCUUAAACACAGCAAAGGCCCACCUGCAGAUGCACGGUCUACCGAGGACGUAACGCACGCAGCUCUUUGCAAUCAAUUAGGUUUUCCAGACUAUGUCACUCCAUACCCACAGCUAGAGCUCCUCUCCUUCGCUGAGCCAAGAAAUCAGACAUCCAACGUGCUUUCUGAUGUCCAAUAGAUUAGCACAAUUCUUUAUGUAAGGUGACCAUUCAUCUUCAAUGCAGGUUUUUCCUUUUAUUUUUUUAUUUUUAAAUGCAUCAUGAAAUGAAUUUUUAAACUAGAACUUAAUGCAUGCAGUAGCUGAAUGGUAAACCACAAUCGGCAUAUGAUUUCCGAAUCAUGAUUCCUUCUGAAAUCUUAAUUGAUUUUAGUUUUUAUGAAAUUAUUGAAAUCAUUGCUCUCGUUUUAAAUUGGAUCAUGGGUGGGUGUUUUAGAUCUGCAGUUUGUACGGUUUCCCGUCACCGGUCAAGCAUUUUAGCCUCUUCAUUUCUAAGCUGUACAUAGGUCCACAUUUAAUAUGCAGACUUUGUAAUCUGUAAAUAUUUUGUACCAUGAAAUGGUCCUAAUGGGGCCUCUUCAUUUGUUGACAACUAGAGAUUUGCUUAAAAGCAAAUAAAAUACUUUUUAAAUGAAA